AUGAAUUCAACUAAUAUACCAGUGGGUGGGUCGCAAACACCAAUUCUACAUCCAACGCCAAUAAUUCCCUUCAUUUCAGACAAGCAACUUUCUCUCCUACUUCCAUUGGUUAUUUAUUGGGUUUAUUCCGGAUUUUUUCACUUAAUUUCUGUAUAUAAAGUAUCCUAUUUCGAAAAAUAUCGUAUUCACUAUGCAUAUGAAGCGGAGACAAAGAAUAAAGUUUCGAUGAGUGAAGUGAUAAAAGGAGUGCUUAUACAACAAUUUCUACAGACACUUUUGGGUUUACUUGUGGUGGUAGCAGAAGACGAAGAUGUAUUGGUCGAUGAUGCAUACGAAUUGAAAAUUUAUCACCAGAAUUUCAAUACGCUAGCGAGUCAAUUUGGAUUGAAUCGCCAAUUGGCACCGUUUCAACAUAUGAUUGUGUCUUCGGCGUAUUGGUAUAUUAUUCCAACAAUGAAAUUUGCAAUUGCAAUGUUAAUUUUCGAUACCUGGCAAUAUUUUAUCCACCGUUUAUUCCAUCAAAAUAGUUUUCUGUAUCGACAUAUUCAUUCACGUCAUCAUCUUCUAUAUGUUCCUUAUGCUUUUGGAGCCCUUUACAAUCAUCCAGUUGAAGGAUUUGUGUUGGAUUCAGUUGGUGCUUCUAUCGCCUUUAAAUUAUCUGGUCUGACAACGCGAGGCGGCAUGUUGUUUUUUUCGUUUGCUACACUUAAAACUGUUGAUGAUCAUUGUGGCUACGAUUUGCCUUUUGAUCCAAUUCAAAUUAUUUUCGGGAAUAACUCUGCAUAUCAUGAUAUUCAUCAUCAAAAUUACGGAAUAAAGAUGAAUUUUUCGCAGCCAUUUUUCACGAUUUGGGAUCGAAUUCUAGGCACUUACAUGGCACAUCCUCCGACAGACAAAAAAAAAUUGUCAAGUGAAAAUCAAGAUAAUGACAAUAAAGUAGAAACAAAAACGAAUAAUACUAUAAAUUUCAACCAUAUAUCGUCAAAGGUCAAUGAUAAUGGCAAUCGAUGCAUAGAACAAGAUAACGAUGAUCAUAUUCGAUCGAGAGACAAAGUGGAAUCAAAUAAUCGGGGAAAUUCAUUUAGAUAUAAUCUAAGACAGAGAAAGUACUGA